AUGCCGGGUGCAAGAGUAGGUGAUGGAACCGAACCACCAGCUCAUAAGAAGAGUAUUAUCUCAUGGACAAGUACACCAACCAACCAUAAAGUGAAAUACUACAUCACUUGCAGUUUUCUCAUCUUCCUUAUUUUAAUUGUCCUCUUCAUUUAUGUCUGUUCUCUGGCAAACAUGUCUACCGCGUUUGGAUUACUUGGAAGUAGAGGAUUAGGAAAGGCCAUCCAGGAGUCACCACUGAUCAACGACCCUAUUUCGGCGGUGAUCGUCGGAAUGUUAGCUACAGUAGUCCUACAAUCGGCAACGACAACUACUAACAUUUUGGUGACCAUGGUCGCAGCAAAUAUGAUUACUGUGCAUGAUGCUAUCCCUGUGAUGAUUGGUAGUGAGCUGGGAUCCUCUCUGGUCAACGCUAUGGUCUCAUUGGCUUAUUCUGGAAAACCGGAACAAUUCAGGAGGGCGUUUUCUGCUGCUAUCCUUGGAGACGUUUUCAACAUUUGCGGUCUCUUUGUGAUAUUUCCAAUGGAAAUGGUUACUGGUUUGAUUGAGAAGGUCUCCUGGUGGAUCGUGGACCCCUUGAUUUCGGAACAAGGACUGAGUUUCAAGACGUUGGAUCUUCUGACAGAUCCUAUUAAUCAGCUUAUUCUACAAGUUAAUGAGGCGGAACUUUUGAAUGCUACUAUUCGCCCAGAGAUGUUUGCCCCUAACCAUUCAUUUGUUCAGAGAUGCAGUUUCACAAAUGGAACCAGGAUUUACAAUUGCCCUUACCACCACCUCUUUGCCUACACUUCUUUGUCGGACAAGAAUAUUGGAUGGAUUGUUCUUUUUAUUUCAAUUUUCUGCUUGGUUAUGUGUUUAGUAGGGAUUGUUUACUUGAUUCAGAAGCUACUUGAUGGUCAUGCCGCCAACUACGUGCGAAACCUACUAUCCAAAGAAUGCCCGGGAAUGUUCAAACCAUGUACCGGUUACCUGGUCAUGCUGGUCGGAUUAGUCGUCACUAUCCUGAUUCAAUCGAACAGCAUUUUUUCGUCUUCUCUGACACCAUUGGUCGGAAGCGGGGUUGUGUCCUUAGAACAAAUGUAUCCGUUGGUUUUGGGAAGUAAUAUUGGAACUACGUUCAGUGGAGUACUUGCUGCUUUCUCAACUGAUCCUUCAAGAUUUGAGAAAGCUCUUCAUAUGGCAAUGUGUCAGGUUAUCUACAAUAUCAUUGGAACUUGCCUAUUUUAUAUUGUGCCAUGCACCAGAAAAUUUCCAGUUUAUCUUUCUAUCAAGCUUGGUGACAUCACGGACAAAUAUCGAUGGUUCAUUGUGGUUUUUAUAAUUACGUUCUUCCUAAUCAUCCCAUUCACCAUCAUCGGGCUCACUCUACUGCCAGACAACGUCAUUGUCAUUGUUUUCAUUAUAAUUCUAAUCAUUGCGCUUAUGUCGGUGCUUCUAUGCAUUUUACAGAAUUGCUGUGUUGCAUUCUUGCCACCUGUUCUACACGACUGGAAAUUCUUGCCUGUCUGGAUGAGAUCGCUGAAAUACUAUGAUCCAUUCAUGUGCAAGAUUUUCACCGGUCUCCCAAUGAUUGGAGGAUUCUUCCGGAAUGGUGGCGCAUAUAGGAAACGGACUGAAAACAGCAAUGCAAACACCGAAGACGAUUUGGAAAAAAAGGUUCAAAAACUGGUCCAACUUAGCGGGCACUCUCAGGUCUAG